ACACACUUACACACCUUUCAAGAAGUGAGAAUUAUUGAAGCUAAUUAAGGUAGCAUCCAUGGCGGCAAGCGGCACCAAACUUGGCCCCGUCACUCUCCUCCUCCUUCUCCUCUGCGGCAUUGUUGUGGAGGUGAAGCAUGCAAAUGCGCAAUCGGAGCCUUGCCCUCGGAACUGCGACGGCCGAGCAAAGGUUAUGCAAUGCCCUUUUACGGACACGAAAUAUGGCGAACUUUGCACAAACUGUUGCAUAGCAGCAAUCAUAGGCUGCACACUCUAUGACCAGAAUGGAACUCCCUAUUGCCCAGAGGAACCAUCGUCCUUCCGUAAGAUCGUAACUGCGGUUUAGAAAGAUCCGGCGGGCCGGCGGCACCAAUAAAAUGCAAACUUCAAGUUUGCUGUACGUACUGCAUCUAUCCUUGAAUAAUGAGGAGAUUAUUAG